AUGCACACAAUAUCUCAAACCAUUUGUAAGCCGUCUCUUCCCUCAAAACAUUCACCAUAUUGAUUUGUAGGAGCAGCCCCUCCACAGGGCGCGCACUUGUCACAAGUGCGCGCACGCCCACCACUGUAUGAUCUCAUCAUGGCUAUCUCUUCUUCGUCACAUUUUAUCUUGGUUCUUGUCAUUUUCCUCCGCUUUAUCGCUACUUGUUAUAGCAAAACCGAGGCAGAGAUCCUUGUAACCUUCAAAGCCUCGUUGGAGAAUGCUACGUCGUUGUCCAAUUGGGACCCGAGGGGGGCCAGUCCGUGCACCGGGGGUCGCCCCAACUGGUACGGGGUGUUGUGCAUACGAGAUAGCGUCCACGGCCUUAAUUUGAACAAUAGGGGACUUGGUGGGACCAUUGAUGUGGAAUCCCUUAUGGGAUUGAAAUCUUUUAGGGUUCUCGGCGCCAUGAACAACAGUUUCCAAGGUCCACUACCCAAUUUUAAGAAACUUGGGUCUCUUAAAUUCUUGUAUUUGUCUCGUAACAAUUUUUCCGGGGAGAUUCCAGAUGAUGCUUUUUCCGGAAUGCAAUCGUUGAAGAAAGUUCAUUUGGCACACAACCAAUUUUCCGGAGCUAUUCCUAGCUCAUUGGCUACAUCCAAAAGGCUUAUAGAGUUGAUGAUUGAAAACAACAACUUUUAUGGACAAAUACCAAAAUUUAAUCAAGACCGUUUGACCAUUGCUAAUUUCUCUAACAAUAAUCUUGAAGGUGAAAUCCCCGCUAAGCUUUCUGGUCUCAAAGCGUCCUCAUUCUCAGGAAACAUUGGCCUUUGUGGAAAGCCUUUGGAGCCAUGCAAGGCUGAUAAACUCGGAGACUCCAAUAACUCUCAAUUUAAAACAUUAAUCAUUGUUGGAAUCGCCGUGUUAGUAGUCAUAGCGGUGUCCAUUUCCAUCAUCUUUGCCAUGCGCAAGAGACAAUCCGAUCACAAUGAGGAUGGCAGCGGGUCAACACGAGCACAGGUGGGCACCCACACGACGGCUGACAUGGAUAAAAUGGAACGAGGCUCCGCUCCUUCUUCAGAGCAUCAUAUUGCCGGUGGUGGAAAGAGGUCAACUGACAAUCACGCGACAACUGUUAAGUUAUCAUUUCUAAGGAGCGAAGAGGCGGGCAAGUUUGACUUGUCUGAUCUACUCAAGGCCUCUGCGGAGGUACUGGGCAACGGCAUGUUUGGAUCGACUUACAAAGCGGGCCUUAGCUCUGGGCCUAUGGUGGUUGUGAAGAGGUUUAGACAAAUGAGUAAUGUAGAGAAGGAGGAUUUCAUUGAGCACAUGAGAAGGUUGGGGAGGUUGAACCACAAGAACUUGCUUCCUAUUGUGGCUUUCUACUAUAGGAAGGAGGAGAAACUAUUGGUCUUUGACUAUGUGCAGAAUUCAAGCUUGGCUUAUCAUCUCCAUGGUAAGAAAAGCAAUUCAAAUCAUCAGCAGCAAGACCUGGACUGGCCAACUCGAUUGAAAAUCAUCAAGGGAGUGGCCAGGGGAAUGCUUUACCUCUUCAGCGAGCUUCCCAGCAUGAUUGUUCCCAACGGCCACCUUAAAUCCUCCAACGUUCUUCUCGAUUCCUCGUACGAGCCUUUAAUCACCGACUACGGCCUCUUACCCAUCGUCAACCAAGACCACGCCGAGGAGCACAUGAUCGCCUUCCGGUCGCCGGAUUUCAGGCAAGGCGGGCGCCGCCUCUGCCGGAAAACCGACGUAUGGUCCCUCGGGACGCUGAUUCUCGAAAUGUUAACUGGGAAGUUCUCGACCGAUGUUGACGUCAUUGACUGGGUCCGGUCAACAGUCCCGAACCUGGAGGUUUUAUUGGACGAGGGCAUGACGGGGGUUACAAAGAACUCCGAGGGCGAAAUCGUCAAAUUGCUGAGGAUAGCGCUUAACUGUUGUGAGGUGCACUUGGAGGAGCGGUGGGACAUGAGGGAAGCUGUGGAGAGGAUCGAAGAAGUCCGAGAAAGGGACGGUGAGGAUGACUUCUACUCUUCCUACACAAGCGACGACGUCCGAUCAUCCAGAGGCUUAUCUGAAGAUUUCAAUCACGUCCCGCUUAAUCUGUGACGUUGAAUUUAGUGGUUGGAUCGAGAAAAUGGAUGGCGUCGAUGGACUUUUAAGGCUAGUUGAAUUUGUGGAAGAAUAUAUUUUUUCAAUGGUUCAAGAUUUUUUUGGGUUAUUAUUGCAUGGUGGGGAUACGAUGGGAAAUAAUAUGAAUGGGGGAUAUUUAUUAAUUUCCUUCAUCGAGUUGGAUUAUUAUAAAUUUGGAAUCGUCACUAUGUAAUAUAAAUACGGUAUAGUAGAAAUCCAGGCAUAAAUUAAAAGGUGUUAGUUUUUCUUGGUUAAUGUUUAUUUAGUAUUCCCUCCUUCUGGAUCUGAAUUUCCAAGGAGUGCAUUUUGAUUUGUCCGAG